UAUUCGUUAAAAUUUGUUCAACAGUAGUAUCAGUUUGUUGGCAAAUGUGCUUUAAUAGAAAAUAAAAAGAAAUAUUUGAAAGAAGUGUUCGAAGAAUAACUUUCAAUCGUAAAAAUUUGUACAUUCUUAUAAAAGUUAUUUCAAAUUGAAGACGUAGGCAUACAGCUUUUAAUACAACAAUUUUAUACAUAAUGCCGUCUUGCGGUGGGCCCGUUUAUCAACCAACGACAGUCUCUUAUGAGCCAAGAACGACUGGUAACGGAGUGGGCGGUGGUUUAGGAUUUUUGGCUCCUGCCUCUUCGUUAGGUGUUAAUUCGCCGCUACGUCUACUCCGUAAACCCCGAUCUCAGUUGGCUCUGCUAGUGUUUGCUCUCCUGUCUUUGUCAGCUGGUUUAGCGAUGUUGGCCAGCGGUGCUGCUGACUGGGUUGAAAGUCAAGGGUAUGUGAAAAGCCAAAUUGAUAAACCUGUUGGAAAUACGAAUAUAAGUAGUGAGCACGAGACACAUUUAGAAGUUAUUAAUCCCUGUCCGGAUAUACCAUUAGGUAUGUUACUGGGCGGUGUUUUUCUAAUAUGUUUGGGCUUGGUUGGUUUAGGCAUUUAUCUUAAAGUGGCUGAUUGGCGUCGCAAUUGUGUUUGUCCCUGUUCGUGUUCAUUGUUUGAUAAAAAGCAAUCAUUAGCAAGACAAUUGCAGUGUCAAAGUGGUAACGGUGGUUGCGGUCAGGGCGUUAUGGCUUUGAAUCCUUCGACGGAUCCUUUAGUCUCGCACACACAAUACGCUCCAGUUUCUGAACUACCGUCUUUACGCGCCGAAGACGAGGAACGCCGCAAUUUAAUGCCCGACAAUAAAGAUUGCCUUAGUAGUGCUGAAGAAUCAGAUCGUAUGCUUGAGCCAGAUCCAAGAAUUGUUUUACGUCCUAUGGGUCGUGUUGAGGAUGCUUAAAUCUCGAAAAUUUACGAAAUAUUUCAAACAGCGCGAGCAUUCAAUUAAUAUAUGAAUCAAAUAUCAAUAAGAGACAACUUAACUUAACAAGUAUGAUUAAAUAAGACGGGCAAAUAGGUUUUACUUUAAUAAAAAAAAAAAAAAAAUCAACACCAAUUAAUGCAAUUAAGAAAAUAUCUUGUGUAAAAUAAUAUUAUAAAAAUCGCACUUUUUUAGUUUUAUUUAAAUUAUAACGAAUUUACGUGUAAAACGGCGUACAUAUGCUAAAAAAAAAAAAUUAGCAUUUCUUAGAAAAUACGAAACAAAACGAAUACGCGAAAAUAUUUAUUUAUUUUUUUUUUUUUUUGCUCUUAGACGAUAAAAUCGUAGUUAAUAAAAAAUAAUUGUAAUUGUGGAUUCAAUAUGGAGAAUUCAUUUAAAUGUUGUACUUAUAUAAAUCACAAGCAAUAUGUAUCACAAAUAAAAUUCAUCAUAUAUAUUUAUAUUUAAAUUCUGUACUUACUAUUUAAGUUAUUAACGCAUUCUUGUCUAAGCGCUAACUUCUUUUUAGCAAUUUCCAAAAUAAUUACGUUGAUUAUUUAUUUAAAUAA